CAAUUCUAACUGAACAUUAAAGAAGCAUGACAUAAUUGCGCAGAAGUCUAGACUAUGCGUGUUUACGCGGUCAUUGCCCGGGCAACGACGACACACGAACUCCACAUCCGUCGCGCACGCUCACAACCUCACAACUCAACCCACCGCCAGCAUCCCUACAGCGAACAGCCGCCUUCCCUCUGGGCCUUAUGCAUGCGCAACUAACACUACAGCAAACAUUCGCUAGCCAGACAGCCUCUCCGCCCACUAUAUAGCGACGCGCCCGACUCACCGCUCCGCAAUGGCUACCGCGUCCCCCACGCCGAUGGGCUCCUACGGUCGCAUGCGCGUGCAGUCUUCGACCCGGGUGCGCAGAGACUCGCCCAUGUCGGUACUGGGCGAGUCCCAAGGCUUCUCGGCCAAUGCGCCCAUGAUGCAGAACAUCGACAUUGGCGACAGCUCAGACGACGAGAUCCCGCAACCUAUGAAGCUUAGCGCCCUUACAACGGCACUGCUUGCGCAAAACGAUGUCAUGUCCCCAGAGAAGAGAAAACCAAAGUUGAAGAUCUCGCGCAACGGGUCAGCCUCCAACACCCCUCAGAGGGCACAACACGACUCCGUCACACCUGCGCCGAGUCUGCGCAUCAAAAGAGUGCCGCUGCGCGGCGCGCCAAUGCGCAGACUACGAAGGACUCCCCAAGGCGAAGAAGACCACCCACCGUCACAGGACCAAGAAAACCUUCCUGCCUCUGUUGUCAAAGCAAAAGUGGAGCACCCGAAUCUGCCCGACUCCGUUCUCAAGAUGAGCGAUUCUGUUAUGAAGGUCCGAGAUGAGCGGGAUAUACGGCCUGCGCAGCACCAUCAAUCACCACUUCAGAGACAUCAAUCGCCCGUGCCACAACAACAGCAACAACAGCAACAACAGCAACAACAGCAACAACAGCAACAACAGCAAGAAAAGCCAAUGCCGUUGCAAUCUAGAGACGCCAACACACCCCGGAGACCAGCGCCACCACCGCCGCCAAAGAUGUCGGUCCUGGAGACUGCCACUGCAGCUGCCGGUGCUGCAACCGCAACGAAGCAGAGGGAACGCAAGAAGAGGAGCACAUUAUCUGUGAACGGGAAACACUACUCCCAGAUGGAUCGAAUAGGACGAGGAGGUAGCUCAGCCGUGUACCGUGUCAUGGCAGAGAACUUCAAACUCCUUGCUUUGAAGAGAGUGAAGCUUGAGGAUGCCGACGAGGCAGCAGUACGAGGUUACAAGGGCGAGAUUGAUCUCCUCCAGAAGCUCAAGAAUGUCGAACGAGUAGUCCGCCUCUACGAUUGGGAGGUUGAUGAGCAGCGACAGAUCCUCAGUGUGCUCAUGGAAAUCGGCGAAUCUGAUCUCGCCCGCAUCAUCCGGAUGAAACUCGAUCCCACCGACUCCUCCGUUCCCGGCCAACUCGACUUCUCCUUUACACGCUUCUACUGGAAGGAAAUGCUCGAAUGCGUCGGCGCCGUCCACGCGCACGACAUCGUCCACUCUGAUCUCAAACCUGCAAACUUCCUCCUCGUCUCUGGCCGCCUCAAGCUGAUCGACUUCGGCAUCGCAAACGCCAUCGAGACCGACCACACUGUCAACGUGCACCGUGACUCCCACAUCGGCACGCCCAACUACAUGUCCCCCGAGAGUCUGGAGGACAGCGCGGGAGGCGCGCAGGGACAGUUGUCGAACGGCAACGGAUCGAAGGAUAUGGCGUUAGGCAAGCCAUCCGACGUCUGGUCCCUGGGAUGCAUUCUGUACCAAAUGGUCUACGGCCGCCCUCCAUUCGCACACAUCGCCAACCAAAUGGCGCGUGUCCUCGCCAUCGUCAACAGGCAGUACGAAAUCCAGUUCCCCGACCUCGGGGUGGGCGAUGUCCGAGUUCCUCCCGGCCUCAAAGCGACACUUAAGCGAUGUUUGAACCGCGACCCGAAGCGCAGGCCCACCGUUGCGCAGCUGCUGGACGAGCGCGACGUUUUCCUUUAUCCUGAUAGCGGAGACGAUUUGAGGAUUCCGCAGGAGCUGUUGGGCCAAAUCAUCCAGAGGGUCGCGGACCGAUUCAGGGAUCCGAAUAAAGCUACGCCUACGGAUGAUGAGAUUAGGCAAUACCCCGCCAGUUUCUACGAAAAGAUACGGCAGCUGUUGGAGAGCGAGUAAGACUCGGACUGGCUGUUUUGGUUGUUUUGGCGGUUGGAUACUUUACACUUCACCUUUACAUUAUACGCAUCGUUUCGCUUUGGCGGCAUUUUGGGGGUUGGGUUUUGACUAAAAGCGACGUAUCAUGACUAGCGCUUGGGUUUGGGUUUUUUACGAUCUUGGGGUUUGGGUUUGGGGGUUUUGGAUACUUCUUCUGGUUAUCAUCUUGCAUUCGAGCGUUAUUGCUUGGAUAGCAUGGUCUGCGGCGCAUUAGCAUCGCUUCGAAUACCCGUCUCCUUUGUACAUGCCACCUUGGUCUCUG